AUGGAAUAUAACAAGCUAUCGGAAAGUAUCGACACUGUUGGAUAUUCUGGAGUAUGUAUUGGAACUGAAAGAUCCCAGCUUCUGAAGAACUCGCUUCUAGUUCUUGGAAAAGAAAAUAAUUUCGAUAAAAUUUAUUACUGGGGAAGAAUAAACGGCAUAGAGCGUGACUAUUAUAUCGCAUAUGGCCACGGUAAAGAUUAUUUAAGAAACCAAACAUAUUAUUACAGUUUUAAUUGUUUGGACUGGUUACUGCUUCCGAAAGCGACAAAAACUGACAAAGUUAUAUCAAGCUUUCUGAUGAAUUAUUUCCAAGGUGAUCCAUCCGUAAAGACGUCCGCUCAGGUUCCGGAUUUUUUUCUGUCCGAUGGAGAAACGUCGAAGAAAUCGAUUGAAAACGGUGUAACCUCGUGCGAAAUCAAAGAAGAGGACCGACUGAGCGCUACAGUGGAUUUAAUAAACAAUGACUCAAUUAUUAUUCCACGCGGUAGCUGGAUAAAGCAUCCAAGCGGUGAUGUGGGAAAAAAUCCGGCCUUCACUGGUCUAAAUUUGAACGAAUGUCUCGAACUUAAAUCAUAUCUACAUGCGAGAUUGCCUCUGAGAAAAUCGGAUAUGAAUUUAAUCAAGAAACAAGACUACAAUAACUGUGCUCUAGAUUUUCUUGAUUCAAUUGACAUGGAUUUGUCAAAAGGUAAAUGCAUUUAG